AUUGUAGAUAAAGGAUGGGUGGACACAAAAUACAUUUAGUUUAGUUCUUUCAUCCAACAAAUAUGGAGAGAAUAUCUUUACUCCUGGUUCUUUUGUAUACUGGGCUAUGCAGCUCCAACUACAUGUCGGAGCACAGAACCUUGAUUCAGUAUUUAACUAAGCUCAAGGAAGGUGAUUAUGAUGUGAAUGCAAGACCUGUGAGAAAUGAGAGCACUCCUCUUAAACUCAAGAUUGAUCUUACUCUAACUGCAAUUCAGGAUGUGGAUGAAGCCAGCGCCGUGAUGACCAGCUCCGGAUGGAUCUCUAUGACCUGGGUUGAUGAGUAUAUCAGCUGGGAUCCCAGGGAUUUUAUGGGAUUAGAGGAAAUACGAGUUCCUACAGAUAUGUUCUGGAUUCCGGAUAUAUACCUCUUCAAUGAUGCUGAGGGAGAUUUUAACAAAAGGUUGUUGGAGAAUAAACAGAAGCUGUACAUAGAUUACAACGGAACAGUACACUGGGCUCCGGUUUUUAAAUUCAGAUCUCUGUGUGAUAUCCCUAAGCUGAAUAACUCUAUGGUAAGCUGUCCUCUGACCCUGGGCUCCUGGACCUACCCAGAGUACGUGUUCGACCUUCAGACUGAGCAAGUGAGCGCAUCCUUGACACUGUUCCACGGUAAUCCAAUGUGGGAGUUAGUAGAGGCUAAAACUAGCAGGCACUCUACUCUAUAUGAUUGCUGCCCUGAACCCUUCGUUGAUCUGAAAUAUGAUGUUAAGCUGACCAAACGUCAAACUCAAAAUUAGCUUGAUGAAUGGCGGGGGUGGGGCCGGAAAACUGAUUAUAUGGAUUGAAAUUAAGUAAAUUAAAGAAUGGGCUGCAAUUAAAAAUGAUGUUAAAUUGUAUUUCUGAUGAUCAAAUGUAGUUAAAAAAUCUAACAAUUUGAUUGUAUAGAAGUAUACACCUUCUACAGUGCUACGCUUACCCAACUAUUUGAUAUGUCAGAUAUGUUGAGAAUGAGAUCAUAAUGAUCAUAUGUUUAACACGGUUUAUACAGUGUAUAAUUGAUCAUAAAUAUGUUCCUUUUAUCAGUGUAGAAAUAUUGUAAUCUUGUAGAUUUUGUUUACUCGACUGAACAAUAAAUUCUGGCAAAAUUAUA